AUGGAGAUGCAGAGAGUGCAAGACCAGAUCUGGAUGAGGAGUCAACAGAAGGGAGUGGAGCAGAGUCCUGGAUCUCUGAGCGUUCUGGAGGGAGCCACUGCCUCUCUCAACUGCAAUUAUAGUGACAGUGCUUCCCAGUACUUCAUGUGGUACAGACAGUAUUCCGGGAAGGGUCCCGAGCUGCUGAUGUACAUGUACUCCAAAGCACGGGACUUGUCCAGCCCAACCUCCCCACUCUUCCUGGCUCUGAAGGCUCAGCGACCUUGGCUACUGUCCCAUCUCCUCAGCAGCCCACACUGUCUCCACUGCUCAGCCAUGCUCCUGCUGCUCAUCUCAGUGCUUGAGGGGAUUUUUGCCCCAAGAGGAACUGGAGCCCAGUCGGUGACCCAGCCUGAUGCCCACGUCACUGUUUCUGAAGAAGCUUUUCUGGAGCUGAGAUGCAACUAUUCUUAUAGUGGAGCUCCUUAUCUCUACUGGUACGUGCAGCACCCCAACCAAGGCCUCCAGCUUCUCCUCCAGUAUGUAUCAGGGAACACCAAGGUUCAAGGUAUCAAAGGUUUCGAGGCUGAAUUUAAGGACAGUGAAACCUCUUUCCACCUGAAGAAACCCUCAGCCCAUUGGAACGACUCAGCUGUGUACUUCUGCGCUGUGAGUGACACAGUGCCUGGGACUGCAGGGGGAGCUAAACACAAACCUCCUGAGACACUGGGACUUCCUGUGACUCAAGAACUCAAGAGAGAGUUUUCCAAGAUCUCCUUUACGGUGAAGGAAAAUAGGGCAGGACAGGCUGGGCCCUGGGGAACACUUACCUCCUGA